CAAGGGCUUGAAUCUGAGCAGAGACAACGUAGAGGUCCUGGGGAACAUGGCCUGUACUCUGAACAGCUCUUACAUCCAGAACGCUGAUCCUCUCAUCCUGGAAAAACUCAAAGCCUGCAAAGACUUCUCUGGAAGCCAGGUGGCUGCCAUGGAGACACUGCUGCUGUCUGGGAAAACACCUUACGGAAAUGUCAAAAUGUGGAACCGGCGAACACUGGAGAACCUUGGGAUCCUUCCUCUAUAUUUCACAAGAAACAUCUGGGGACAGUUUACAACUGGAACAAAGAGAAGGUUCCUUAGGACCUUUAUGCCCCGCCUGAGGAAAACAAAGACAGAGAAGAGGAAGCUCAAGGGGUUGUUUAAAGAGAUCACUGCCCUCAAGACAAGACGAGGAGCAGGCUGCACUGUGGGCAACAUCACCCAAGUUACAGUCAGCGUCACUUCCUUCCCCUUUGGCUACGACCAGACGCAAUUUGACCUCUGCCUAGACAUCCCUGUUCUGAAGAACAAUCUCAACUCCAUUUGUGACAAAGUGGAUGAUGAUGAAUUCCAGAAAAUCAUUCUGAGGAAACUCAACCAGGCGUUCCCAUCCGGUGUUUCUGAUGAUGUAGUCCAAGUGCUCGGUUCAGUGUCGCGUGUGGCAUCACUUGAGGACAUCUCCAAGUGGAGCAUCACAACAGCUGACACCCUGGCAGCACUCAUGAAAGCUGAGGAUGGAUCAUGGGAGGCAGCAAAGAGCAAAGCAAUCAUCUCCAAGUAUCUGAAUACAUCUGGGAACACCCUGGGCAGCAUUGAGCUCAACAGCAUCGACUCCAACCUGUGCUCAUUAAACACCAGCACACUGAAGACCAUCAGCCCAGACAGUAUCAGAAAUUCAAACCCUCUGAAUGUGGCGUCAUGUUCGUCUGAGCAGAAGAGAGUCCUGUAUGAGAUCAGUAACACCUCCUUCAGCUCACAGCGUGCCAGUCGCACCACCUUUUACAAUUUGAUUAAGCCCUAUCUAGGUGGAGCCCCUCUGUCAGAUGUAAAAGCACUGUCAACUCAGAACAUUAACAUGGAUGUAGGCACUUUCCGAAGCCUGGACCCUAAUGUGAUCGCUGACUUGACUGUGACCGAUGUCCAAGGCCUCAUGGGUAGCCAACUGCAAGAUCUGAAGGUGUUUGAAAACGCCCCCGUGAUUCAGAGCUGGGUGAGCAGGCAGGUGCAGUCAGACCUGGACAGGCUGGGUCUGAACUUAACCACCAACAGAAGCAACCUGACCACUUCACCACCCAGCUUUACCAGCAACACAAAUGCUAUUACAUCAGCAUCUACAACAGCAUCACCCAGCAACACAAAUGCUACUACAUCAGCAUCUACAACAGCAUUGGCAUCACCCAGCUCCACCAGCAACACAAAUCCUACUACAUCAGCAUCUACAACAGCAUCAGCAUCACCGAGCUCCACUAGCAACACAAAUGCGACUACAUCAACAUCUACAACAGCAUCACCCAGUUCCACCAGCAACACAAAUGCGACUACAUCAACAUCUACAACAGCAUCACCCAGUUCCACCAGCAACACAAAUGCUACUACAUCAACAUCUACAACAGCAUCACCCAGUUCCACCAGCAACACAAAUGCGACUACAUCAACAUCUACAACAGCAUCACCCAGUUCCACCAGCAACACAAAUGCGACUACAUCAACAUCUACAACAGAAUCACCCAGUUCCACCAGCAACACAAAUGCGACUACAUCAGUAUCGGCAUCAGCCAGCACUGUGACAGCAACACAGGGAAACACAAGCGCCUCAGAUGCAACCCUGACCACUACCGUAACAACAACAGACACUUCAACCACAAGUGGGGGAACAGAGCUUGCAAAAUACUCAACAUCCAUAUUCCUGGCUGCUUUGUUGACAACUGUGCUGCAAAUACAACAACUAACCUAAAUACAAGUGUUACUUUAGCAUCCAAAUCAAUAAUCCGUAAUUAAUCAAUGAUUUCUUCAGUAAUGUUCACAUCUUGAGUAUGAUUCAUUAAUGUUAUUGCCAAUAUUGUUUAUUCACGCUUUAAGAAAAUGCUUAAUUGCAACUGCUUCAUUUAUGCUUCAUUCUUUCUGUUCAUACUGUAAAACUAAGUCACUGAACAAUCACUGGAAUCAAAAAUCUAUUAAUAUUUUAAGUGGUGGUCUGGAUUUUACUCUACAUGAUUUUUGCAAGUAAGUACUAACAUUAAUGUUCAAUCAUUAUUUAAACUGCUUAAAAAGUAAUUCCUUCAAAUUUACUCAAUUAUCUAUUAUAAUUUAAACUGUUCUGCUAUCCCUUAAAUUAUUAAAUACAUACUG